AUGGCUACGCCCAAGGUGGAGCUGGUACAGCCCCUCGAGGGUCCUUCACCUCCAGUGGUCCAGAUUCCUCGAGAAGUACGACAAUCUGACAAAGUCAACGACGCCUACAAUCAAGCAUUAGACGAACAUGGUCCUGUUGUCAUUGUCCCUCGACAUGGCCGUAACGAAUAUGUUAUCGACCAUCGGUUUGCAUACGAUGUGCUUACCGACUCAAAGAACUAUACUUUCGAGAAGGCAGCGUUCGAUCUACUCCACCUGGGCUUCAUAGCGCUCUUCGACAACGGUCGCUUUGUCCACGACGUCGACGGCAUAGUCGAAACUGGCGUACAGCCGAGAAUGACUUCAAUUAUCGACCAAGUAUUUCCUGUCUUUCGCACCUAUUUCGAUCGGAUGGCCGACGAGCUACCGGAUCCAGCCAACGACAAGACGCGGGUCGAGUUCCCAGAUGUUUUCUCCCGUAUUCAGCUAGCAGUCUCACACGCCAUGGUUGUCAUGAUCCUGGGGAACGCACAUUCAUCCUCCAAAGCAGGACGCCAUUUUGCUGCUGUGGCAGUAGCUAUGGCACAGAUGACCGGUAUGCACGAGAACACGCACGAGUGGCCCUGGGCGCCAUCAUUAUGGGUCCUGCUCAAUGGCCUCCGAGCCGUAUUCUUUACCAUCAUUCCUCAUUUCUUCUUCGCUAUUGUGCCCACACUUUGGAGUACUCGUCAUCAACACCUGGCAAACGGCCUUGCUGCACGUCCCGGCCAGUUCGUCCCUCUCUUCGACACCCUCCUUGUGAAGAACUAUGACGGCAAAACCGGGCUUAGCGCCCUUGCUGGUUUUGGAUGGGCUAUUGUUCUCUGCGUGGGCUUGAUAUUCGCCUCAGUCCACCAGACCGUGGUUGCCGGAUUCUGGGUCUUGAUCAAGCUGGCGGAAAAACAAGACGAAUAUUUACCGGCAAUCCAGGAGCAAUGGAAUGCUGUCGCUCCAGCCAAUGAAAGUUUGACUGUGAAAAAGCUUAACGAGCUUACUCUCCUGGACUCAUUUAUUCGUGAGGUACUGCGGACAAAAGGCGACACUUGGGGUCCUGUAAGGCAAACGACAAGGCCGGUACGAGUUGGACCAUACGUCCUCCCUAAGAACGCCAUGUGUCUCGUGCAUAUUGCCCGAGCACAUCAACACCCGGACAACUAUGGUACAGAUGGAAAUACGUUUGAUGGCUUUCAGUGGCAGAAGAAAGGGCGACCGGCUGUCCAGGGCAACGCAGACUUUCUUACAUUCGGCUUGGGGAGAUGGGCGUGUCCAGGCCGGCAGCUGGCGAUUCACGAAAUCAAGAUUCUAACAUACAUGUUCUUCACCAAGUUCGACGUCCAGGUCAAAGACAGGAGCUUCCGGGUGAGGAACACGAUCAACACGACUUCUGUUCCUCCUGAAGCGACCUUUCUGUUAAGGAAGAAGAGUGAGCAUCAAAACUUGGUUUCAGCUGAGAAGUAA